CGCCGCCGCCGCCGCCGAGUCCGUCCCGGAGGCGCCGGAUCUCCUCGCUUAGCGCCUCGAUUUGCUGUUCCUGGGCGGCCAAACGUCCGGCCACGUGCUCCGCCAUGUUUAAAGACCCGCAGGCAUGUCCGGGAGCAAAACACUGGGCAGGUCCUCCUUAUAGAUCCCCUGUGACUGCACACAUGAGAUAAGGAAGGAUUGGAUGUCACGCGCAGGGGUAACAUGGCCUCGAGCUUUGCCCCGCCGAGGCUCGCGGACUUUCUGCUCACUGAGAAACUCGGCAGUGGCACUUACGCUACAGUUUAUAAAGCCUACAGGAAGACGGACAACAGAGAAGCCGUGGCCGUGAAGGUGGUCAGCAAGAAGAGCCUGAACAAAUCGUCGAUGGAGAACCUUCUGACGGAGAUUGAGAUCCUGAAAACCGUGCGCCAUCCGCAUAUCGUGCAGCUUAAAGACUUCCAGUGGGACAAUGAGAACAUCUACCUCAUUCUGGAGUGGUGUUCCGGUGGAGAUCUGUCACGCUUUAUCCGGAGCAGGCGGAUUCUCCCAGAGCGAGUGGCACGGCUUUUCCUGCAGCAGAUGGCUUGUGCGCUGAAGUUCCUCCAUGAGAGGAACAUCUCUCAUCUGGACCUGAAGCCCCAGAACAUCUUGCUGAGUGGCAAUGUGCUGAAACUAGCAGAUUUCGGGUUUGCUCAGUACAUGUCUCCGUGGGAUGAGCAGAGCUCUCUGAGAGGUUCUCCUCUCUACAUGGCUCCGGAAAUCGUGUGUCGGCGGCAGUACGACGCCAGAGUCGACCUCUGGUCCGUCGGGGUCAUCCUGUAUGAGGCUUUAUUCGGCCGUGCGCCGUUUGCUUCUCGCUCUUUCGCUGAACUGGAGGAGAAAAUCCGCAGCGAUAAACCCAUCGAGCUACCAGCCGGUGCCAGAGUAUCUCGAGACUGCCGGGAUUUGUUACUCAGGCUGCUGGACAGAGAUCCAGUCUCACGCAUCUCAUUUGACGAGUUUUUUCUGCACCCUUUUGUGGACCUGGAACACAUGGCCAGUGCCGAGAGUCUAGACAAAGCGAAGGAGCUGGUCCUGCGGGCGGUGCAGAAGGAUCAGGAGGGGGAGAUGGCUGACGCUCUGACUCUCUACUGUAGCGCACUGGAGCACUUUGUGCCUGCUAUUCACUAUGAAACAGACAGGCAAAGGAAAGAGGCCCUGAGACAAAAGGUCAACCAGUAUGUGUCUCGAGCUGAAGAACUCAAAGCUCUGGUGGCUUCAGACAACAAAAUCAGCUUUGAGAACACGCAGUCAGCCCGCGAUAUAUUGAGAGAAAUGUCCCGGGAUCAGCCACGCUUACUCGCUGCACUGGAUUUAGCCGCCACUGCUGUAGCGAAGGAGGCGAGUGGAAUGGAGGACUUCGAAACGCUGGAUAUGUAUCAGCAGAGUUUGGGAGAACUGCUCUUGGCUCUGGCUGCCGAGCCUCAAGGACGCCGGAAAGAGCUGCUUCACAACGAGAUUAAGAGUUUGAUGAGUAGAGCCGAGUACCUUAAAAAAAAGAUCAAGAUCCGAGAAACCCAGACAGAUGUCUCGUUGGAUAAAGAUCCUGUUGCUGACUCUGUGCGAAUGUCCUGUUGCCUGCAGUAGCCAUGGAAACCUUCAGACUCACCAGUCACAUCAUGUGACCAGAUCGGAGCCAUGAUGGGUACACUUGGGAUCCGAGGCGAUCUGAUUGAAUCCCCGCGAGACUGACUGACUCCGCCCUCAAACCGCACGAAGGCAGACAUGUACUGUAUGUGAUUUUUUUUUUCUUCCUCUAAUCUGGAGCACAGGGAAUUCUAAAUAUCCUAACAUUCAAAAAUGAAAGAUGUCUGCAUCUGCUUGACAGAAUUGUUGCAUCAUUUUUUUCCCAUUCACACUGUAUUGCUUUGCACACACACAUACACACACAUAAACCGCUCCCACCCUCCACUUUCCCCGAAUCUGCUUGGUUCACCGCAGCUCUUCCACAUAAUCAACUCUCUGUGUGAAACUUUGUGGUUAUCUCUUUUCUUCUUGCACAUACAUUUAUUUUGUGCUGCCACACAUCGAGUUCUGUACUGUUUUUUUUUUUUUUUCUGCCCCUCACACACCACCAGACUUGUGAUGCAGCAGAAAAAGACUGACGUGAAGCUCACAAAAUGUUGAAGGUGCUUCUUGUUGAGGCUUUUUUUUAUAUAUAUAUUUUUUUGCUGUAAUUAUUUAUUGAAUGAUUGAAAUAAAUAAAUCUUUCUGCAAA